CUACAGAAAUUUGCUUACCAAUUAGGUGGCAACGUUCAGAAAAGUAUUGUACCAACAAUAGAGUGUAAAUGAAAAAUUUUUGCAAAAGUGUUUAAUGUUGAAAAAAGUUUUAAACAAGCGAAAGUUUUAAAAUAAUAAAUAAAGUAAUAUCUGAAAUUCUUCGAAACAACAUUAAAAUCUUGAUUUCAACAAAAUGAGACCCAGACCAAGGCAAAAGGAUGUACCGCGAUUUACUUUUUUGCAUAGACUUGAAGAAAAUGUAUCCAAAGAUAUGUUAGCUCAAGUAAUUCUCGUUAUAUUGUGCUUAGCCUGCUAUCAACACUCUCUUGAUGGUGCUUUUGUGUUCGAUGAUACCGUAGCAAUUGAAAAAAAUCCGGACGUUGUUAAAACUCCAACCAAUUUAACAGCAAUUUUUGAACACGAUUUUUGGGGCGCCCCGCUAAAGGAUGUCGACUCUCAUAAAUCAUAUCGUCCGUUAACUACAUUAAUGUUCCACUUCGAAUAUAAACAAGGCCUACGCGCCAAACAUAUGAAAGCUAUUAACCUUUUUUUCCACUGUAUCAACACAUUGUUGAUAUGGCGUUUAAUUUACAAUCUAAAAUUCAAGCAAGAGGCUACCGUAACUUCUGCGCUUUUUGCUAUACACCCGGUACAUACAGAAGCUGUUUGUGGAGUUGUUGGACGAGCAGAACUUAUGUUUUGUUUCAUAUAUUUGAUGGCAAUGCAGCUUACACAUUUAAGAAAGCAUUUGAAAGUUGUUGCAGAUAUACUAGUUAUAAGCCUCACAUUCAUUGGAAUUUUUUUUAAAGAAACCGCAAUAACAAUACCAUUGACUUGUGUGUUCCUCGAUUAUUUAUGCACUCGUGUGUAUAUGAAACCUCUUAAACAGCAAUUACGAAUGGUGUUAAACUUGCGCUAUUUAGGAUAUGGGGCUGCAACAAUUUUACUCAUUAUUUUUAGGUUUGCUAUACAAAAUUUUGAAAGCCCUCAAUUUAAGCCAAUGGAUAAUCCGCUUGCCUUCAGUGGGGAUUUGCUAACUAAAAUUUUAACGCAACAAUUCCUUUACGUUAUUAAUCUAUGGAUAUUAUUUUGCCCAACGUGGUUAUGCUUUGAUUGGGCAAUUGGCUGUAUUGAUUUAAUAACCAGUAUUUGGGACUUGCGAUUACAAUCAGUACUGGCUUUAUACUCUUUUGUUAUAGUGGCUUGCAUAAAAUAUAAACCUAACUUUGGCAUCAUGCUCGGUGUGGGAAUGCUAGUAAUACCAUUCAUACCAGCAUCGGGCAUUAUAAGAGUUGGAUUUGUUAUUGCCGAACGUGUUUUAUAUGUGCCAUCGAUUGGGUUCUGCUUUUUAGUAGCAUACUCAUUUAUAAAGUUAAAGAGGAGCAUACAACGAAAUUUUAUUGUGCUUACUUUAAAAAUUUGUCUAAUGUUUCUUUGUAUUUGUUUUAUUGUACGCACUCGUGAACGAGCGAGCGAAUGGGAAAAUGAGGAGAAAUUAUUUUCAUCAGCUUUGAAAGUAUGCCCGAAUAAUGCAAAAGUUCAUUUCAAUAUUGCCAGGCUUGCAUCCGAUAAAAAGCAGCACAAUAAAGCCAUGUAUCAUUAUCACAAAGCUGUUGAGUUGUAUCCAGAGUAUGAAGCAGCCUUGAUGAAUCUUGGAAACAUGUAUCGUGAGAAAGGAGAUCUUAAUACUGCUGAAAAGUUUAUAAGAGCAGCAAUUUCAGCUAUGCCCGAAUUUCCGGCUGCUUGGAUGAAUUUAGGUAUAAUACAAUCAGCUCGAAAUGAGUUUGAGGAAGCGUUGUCAAGCUAUAAAACAGCGCUUAAGUUUCGAAAAAAUUACGGUAUCUGUCAUUAUAAUAUCGGAAAUCUCUAUCUUGAUCAAAAUCUUUAUACAGAGGCUAUGCAUCAUUGGCAACAAGCAGUUGCAAUUAAUCCGCGUCAAUCAAAGGCUUGGGCUAAUAUUCUGACUAUGCUUGAUAAUCGUGGUUUAUUUGAAGAUGCGAUUCGUGUUACUGGUGAGGCGCUUAAACAUAUGCCAAAUGAAACCGCAAUAAUGUUUAUACGCGCCAAUGCAUUCGGAAAGCUUAAACAUUAUGUUCAAGCAGAACUGCUUUAUAAGAAAAUUAUUGAACUGGAACCAUACAAUCAUUUAUACCACACUAAUCUUGGUGUUUUAUAUCAUCGUUGGGGAAAAAUUGAUUUAGCUAUCAGUAGUUAUCAGCAUGCUUUACAAUGCAAUGCUGGAGUAGAUAGUACAGCUCAUGAAAACUUAACAAAAUUACUAAAACGCAAACUAAACGAUGAGCUUCAACUAACGGACACCGAAUGAGACGUAACUGGAAUUUCCGUGACUUUUGGCAAAUGGAAACCUAAAACGCGUAAUAAAUGUAAGAGCAAGGAUAAAAAAAAAUUAAACAGUAAACUCUCUGACAAGGUGUAAAAUCCUCAAGGAUUAUAUAGUCUAGUCCAAUAAAUCACUGUUUUCACCUACCCAUAAACAUAAAUUUGGGAUGACUCUCAGGGAAUGCGAGCGAGUUCACAACAUUCGCAUUUCCAUAAAUCUAAUAUAAAAAUGCAAUAGAAAAAUUUUACCUAACACAUAAAACAUAAGGAGAAAUAUAACGAAUUUUUAGCAUCAUUAAGAACUGUAGAUCUAUUUUAUAAUCAUCAGAACACAUUUAUUUAUUGAAAGUUUAUCGCGAAAAAAAAAUUAUUUAUAUCUUGUGUAACAAGUAACAUUAAGUAGAUUUGAGCGAUUGUUGAUUAUCACCAAUCUGAUGAAGUUUCAUUGCCCAAAUUUCGAAGAAUAGAAUUAUCAAUAGUUAAACUGAAAAAAAAUUAAAAUAAAAAUUAUAAGGAUCACUUGAAAUACGAUAAAUUUUAAGCGGGAAUGCGGUCUGUUUUCCUCGUGAAAAAUAUGAAAGUUUAUGUGAAAUUCUAUCUUAACUUAGAAGAGUACAUGCACUACCUUUACCAACAUCCGUAGAGUAAUGAGUGUAAACAUAGUAUAAGAUCUCACAACUAGCACCAGUUAUAUUUUAUUAUUUUUUAAAAUUUAUUAUAAUAUAUACUGCGUACUAACAACCGAAUAAAACACUCCAAAUCUGAUAUUGAUUAAAUAAGUGAAAUUUUCAACGUAGACAGAAAAUUCAGUUUCUGGUGGGUUGAGGUGAAGCUAAUAUCAAAUAGUUAAAAUUUUUACUCUUCGAAUAAAGGAAGGGAAAAAAUAAAAAAAUAAUUUAUUUAACAACAGAUCG